ACCAAUCCACCUUCCACCAUCCACCUUCAACUACCAACUAUCCACCAUCAACUAUCAAAGAAACAAACCAAAAACCAUAAAGCUACCAACCUACAGCCAAGCGAUCUGAAAAUCAAACAUCAUACUCUGACUCAAACCUCAUUCAAAAUGGCAUCCUUAGUCGCAAUCUGUGACUUGAAAGGAAAAAGUUUAAUUCAAAGAAAUUAUAGGGAUGAUGUAUUACCAUCUACGAUUGAAAAAUUUAUGCCUUCUUUACUUGAGAUGGAAGAAAACGAUUUAUCAUCUGUGACUCCUUGUUUUACUGUUGCAGGUAUUAAUUAUAUGUAUAUUCGACAUAACAAUUUAUAUCUGAUUGCUUUAUCAAAACGAAAUUCAAAUGCGGCUGAGAUUUUAACUUUUUUACAUAAAUUAGCUCAGGUUCUUUCCGAAUACUUUAAAGAAUUAGAAGAAGAAUCCAUUCGAGAUAACUUUGUGAUUAUUUAUGAACUUUUAGAUGAGAUGAUGGAUUAUGGUUAUCCACAAACAACUGAAUCGAAGAUCUUACAAGAAUAUAUUACACAAGAAUCACAUAAACUUGAAAUCCAAGUCAGACCACCCAUGGCAGUGACCAAUGCAGUUAGUUGGAGAUCUGAAGGUAUAAGAUACAGGAAAAAUGAAGUCUUUUUAGAUGUGGUUGAAAGUGUUAAUUUGUUGGUAAAUGCUAAUGGAAAUGUAGUUAGAAGUGAAAUCUUGGGUGCAGUUAAAAUGAAAUGUUAUUUAAGUGGAAUGCCUGAAUUAAGAUUAGGUUUGAAUGAUAAAGUAAUGUUUGAAAGUACAGGUCGAACUUCGAGGGGAAAAGCUAUCGAAAUGGAAGACACAAAGUUUCAUCAAUGUGUAAGAUUAUCAAGAUUUGAAAAUGAUCGAACGAUUUCAUUUAUUCCACCAGAUGGAGAAUUCGAAUUAAUGUCAUACCGAAUCAAUACCCAAGUAAAACCUUUAAUCUGGGCAGAAGCCAUGGUAGAAGUUCAUUCCAAUAGUAGAGUCGAAUAUGUAGUCAAAGCCAAAGCUCAAUUCAAAAGAAGAUCAACAGCUAAUAAUGUAGAGAUUUAUGUUCCGGUGCCUGAUGAUGCUGAUUCACCUAGAUUCAGAGCUUCGGUAGGCACAGUUCAUUAUGUUCCGGAAAAAUCGGCUUUUGUUUGGAAAAUCAAACAGUUGGGUGGUGGGAGAGAAUAUUUGAUGAGAGCUCAAUUCGGUUUACCAUCAGUUAGAAAUGAUGCGAUUGAAAAAAGAGCACCUAUUACAAUCAAAUUUGAAAUUCCUUAUUUUACGGUUUCUGGUAUUCAAGUUAGAUAUUUAAAAAUUGUUGAAAAAUCUGGUUAUCAAGCUCUUCCUUGGGUUAGAUAUAUUACUCAACAUGGGGAUGAUUAUUCAUUACGAACGUUAGUUCUGAUUUUUCUUUUAUAUUCUUCGUUUUUUGUUGUUACUGAUUAG